CUGGCUAUUCAUUUAGCAUUAUGCACUUUAUCUCUUUGUCAACACAACUUUACUAAGUUAGACAUGGCUAGUGGUAAGGAAUACACCGCAAUACGCAGAUUAGAAGUAAACGGUUUCUUCAUGAGCCGAGCUAAAGCGUGUGUAGCUAUCUUACUGUUUGUUUCGCUGCUGAUCGCUGUGGUCGUGUUAGCUGCACUGCUUGUUCACGAGCGGGGAAAAGAGAACACCGCUCAAGCGGCUGGUGAUUCAGGUGGAACUCAAGUGCCCCGGUUGAAGCAAAUGGCAUGCGAUGUAGUCGUGGUUGGAGGAGGUAUAUCAGGAUUGUACAUGGCGGAGACACUCUUGCGGCUAAAGAAAGAAAGAAAUGUAUGCUUGUUUGAGAAAGAUUCAAGAUUUGGCGGAAGAAACUACGACCACAGGUUCAAGCAAGCACCGAACAUCAGUACAAGUCUAGGAGCGUGGAGAGUGGACAAGAUGCACAAGAGAAUGAUGGACUUAGCUAAACGACUCACUGUUCCCUUGAAGCCUAUGGGUAAAUUUAAAGACGUAUUCAUCCAAGCAAGAGGUAUCUUUGCAUCCACCUUUCAAUCUCUUAAGGAGAAAGCUUUUCCGACGCUCAUGUCAGGGCCGUUUUCAAAUAUGACUGAGUCGGAAAUGUAUGGAUUUGCCUGGAGAAACAUGACCAAGGAGAAAGCACUGGAGAUUCCUUUCUACCGGGACUUUUUGUGCCAGAGACUUGGAAGUGAAGGAUGUGAACUACUGAGUGCCAGAUACGCUAUAAAGAGAGAUUUCUAUGAAGAAAGUACUUUGUGCAGAUUGGAAAAACGACAAGUAUUUAAGUACUUUUCGUAUGAAUACUACAGACCUCUUGGUGGCAUGUCAGAUUUCCCGACAGCAGUGAAGAAAUCUGCACUGCGUUUAGGAGUAAAGGUGUUCUUAAAAGAGAAAGUAAACGUUCUAGAAAGAAAAGGAAAGGGUUUUGCAAUUCACACCGAUCAUUUUUCAGCGUUGGCAAAAAAGCUUAUUAUUGCUAUUCCAAGUGGAGCAUUUGAAGCCAUCAUGGGUGAUAUUGCUGCCGAGGUUAAAGAGAAUGUAAUGUUUGAAUCCAAUAUAGGAAAAAACGUGUUUAAAGCGGUGGCCAUUUAUGGGUAUCCUUGGUGGGAAAACUUUACUUCCUCUCAGAACAGCAGCGAGCCAAUCGUUGAACGAUUGUGGUCAGCUUCUACAUGUUUGGUUGGUCUGAUGCCCUAUGGGCAACAGACAAAGGCUGGCUCCAACGUAAGUCGACACGAUCUGGAAAAAUGGGCGAAACGUCCAUUCCCUGGAGAGGAAGUUUACAUGGUUGGCGAAGCGUAUUCAUCCCUGCCCGAGUGGAACGAAGGAGCCCUUUUGACAGCUUACAACGCCCUAAAGGAAGGAUGGGAAAUAUCAAAUCCUGAGCCAUAAUAACACUUUACACCCUAUCAGCAGUCUGCAUAUUCUUCAUACCAUUUUCUAUACCUUAAUGUUUGAUUCAGGGGUGGUAUGGUAAAGAGAAAUUAGAUGUUAAUCACUGUUAGGGAUAAAAUGGUUAAGUUGGUACUGACGCUCAAAACUUUUAAGCACUUAUUUUCAAAAAUUUUUCAGAUUUUUGGCAUCAUCGUCGGAAUAACAAAAUGGGUUUCUUACUGCUCGUCAACUUCUGUUGAAGUCAUGAAAAAUUGACUUACUUGGUACUUUUCACGACCAAAACAUAAUUGGCGAUUUCCUGUUUUUGUUUAUCAGAGGGCUACUAAGAGAUGUGGAAAGUCUUAAAACGCUUGUGCAGAGAUUUAGUUCUGCUUAACCGUCGCCCAUCUGGUGUAGGUAAAGACAAAAAUAAUUCUUAACGAUCCUCUUCGAUUGUUAGCAAAAGUACAGGUAUGUCAUUAACAUUGUGAAAAGAACUAAACUUCUUUUUUGAAAGUUUCUUUUCUUUCGUGAAAUCUGACAAGCCGUCCUUUCUUCUAACAGAAGGCCAUGCGCACCGAGAGUCUGGUCUUUCCUCCAUAUUGAACACGUGACCUAUCGUCCUUGGGCUUCUAACCAUUUACCCUUCACACGGAAAUUUUCCUUUGAUCGCGCAACAGGAGCCUACAUUGAAUACAGCUGUGAGAAAUGUAUGAAAGCUUGUUAGCUCAGUUGGUAGAGCACAGCAACGGUAGCUUGCAGGUUAUGGGUUCAAAUUCCGUACAGGCCUGAGUUUUUUUAGGCCUGUUUUCACUACUACUCAACAGCGGCCAUCCCGAAAUAUCGCCCGGAGGUAUGCGAUAUAAAAAAAUAGAAAACCCCCAAACUUUGCCAAAUAUAGGUCUAGAUGAAUUUUUUCUAGAAAAAAUACUUUGAGUUUCAUGUUCCAUGUUUUUAUUCUACGCGAACGGCGGCGAAAAUCGGUUUGGUGGCUGUCACUUCACCUUCACAGGGUCCAGACAACCUAUUACUUGAACGUCGCUUGAAAAUAAACAAAACAGUUAAUGUGACCAUUAAUUUUCUUAAUGAAAAGAACACGUAUUUACGAACAGUCUGAAGAAUUAUUAGUCCGAUUCUGUUACGAACUAAAUUUUUGGGCAACUUCUUCGUAAUUCCAAUAAUUCACUCAUUUUGGCGGACAAAAAAUUGCAAAAUUGAGAAAUUAAAAUCUCACCUUGGCACAGUGACAUGGGGUUAUACCAAGUUAAUCGAGCGAAAGAAGAAGGUUUCUUCUUCAAAUGAUUUUAAUUAAAUUUUGGGCUACGGAAACCACGAAAUUUUCGGACCCCAAACAAAAGUGACACUGAGGUCAAAACACGCUAUUCCUUGACACGCAAUUGAGAUGAAAAAUCAUCAACGCGCUCGUCGAAAAGACAACAGGCCGUUUUGGGGACGAAAAAUCGUUACUAUUCCGAAUAAAAAGCUAACACUGAUCGACAUUUGUAGUUUCUGCUUCUCAGGUUACCUGAAAUUUAAACUUUUAGCCGUUAUUUUCGGAACAAAACAAGCCAGAAUGCAAAAUCGUCUUCUUCUAAGUGGCAGCGUGGACGGAUAGAAUUCGAAACUGGAAACAAACCCUAAAAUUAAUAUGUUUGCCAUAUUAUUACUUUAAUCUAAGUAUUGUUAAAAAAAUUUGUACAUACCAUGCAGGUCUCCGAAUAAAGGCUGGAGUCUAUUUUGCGCCACACCUAGAAGUUUGUCUAAUCGGUAAAGUUUAAUUUAGCAAUAAAUUGGCACCUAGAGUCAAACCUACAGA